UACCAAUUCAAAAGGCGAGAGGGCAGAUCUGGCAAAGGCUCUGGCGGGCAAACCUGAAGGGGGCAAGUCCCGAAGUCCAAAAAGUUGCGUGGGGUUGACCGAUCGGAGGGUGAGAUGGGGGGUGAGGGGGGACAGGACGUGUCGCCCAUGGAUAUCCCUUCCACGGCCACGCCAACGCUCGGGUUCGGGAGAGACGGUGUCAGCAGGGAGCGGAUGAUUGCGUUGGCCAACCUUGGUCUUUCAGGGACUCCACGUGGCGGCGGGAGCGGAACCGUGCAUUCUCAAGGGAUUGUCAUCAACGACAUGACACCGCAAAGGCCUGUCAGUUCAAUGUCAACGAUCGUUUCCAUUAUCGAACGCACGGAUAAAGGACAAGUCCCUGUGUCCCCUUUGCGCCACGUGGAUCCAUCCAACACGUUGAUGGUCGGGGGGUCGUCGAGGGUUGUCGCACCUUUCGCACAAGCAGGAAGCCCCAGUGUCCAUGCCACCGCCACUGCUGCGGGAGAAAGGCGAGAAGAUCGGAGGGUCAAAGAGGCGGGGAAGAAAGAGGAGAGGAGGGAUGAGAUUUCGCGGGCAGACUGUGAGGACGACGACUCUCUGAACUCGAGGAAGAAACGAACGCGUCAGGAGGAAGAGUUGGAGGCGAAAUCCAAGCUCUGGGAAGAUGGGAAGACGUUCUGGGGAAGCGGACCUGGUUGCAUGAUUGCGGAUGCCGUGCAUGACUCCACGGACUAUUAUUGUCCAAUCGUGAACGGUGAUGCAGGCGCCACCGCUCCGCAUGGCGUCAUCAUACCAGGCCCCGAUGUUCCGCGCGUGUCGGGGCCGCGAGUUUUGUCACAGAUCCGAGCUGCUCCAACUGUCAUAGGUCCGGGCUGUAAUGCCUGGCAGGCAGACGAUUACAAGGACUUGGUGUGGAAAGGGAUGAGGAGACGUGACUUCUCUCUCUACAAGGAGUAUGCCACUGAUAGAUGUCCUGAUUUCAAGGAYUAUCCCUGGUCGGAGAAGAAUGAGGCCGUGACUGAGGAAGUGAAGGAGAUACGGGACAUGGUGAAGGGAUUAACGAGACAGGUUACAGAGAUUGUGACCGCCACAGGGGCCACGGCCUACCGGGACAAACCUGGAGGGCCCUAUUCACUUCGCUGGGACCGUAGGAACAACGAUCCCUGGAGGAGUGUCGAGGAUAGAAAUCCUCGGACGCUGACUGAUUAUCGUACGAGGAGAAGAGAGAGAGACGAUGAAUCAUGGCGACGUAGGGACGAUGAGAUAGACCGAGACCGCAGAGAACGUGAGCUGUUUGUGCGAGCAAGGAGGCUAGAUGAUUACCAGCGAAGCCCUCGCUAUGAGGCCGAUCGGGGUAGAGGCGACUCCCACGGCCGAUGGGAGACAGAACAGGGCCGACGAGAUGGAUAUAGGGACGACAAAUACGAGAGAUCGGACCGAGAUGGAUAUAGGGACGACAGAUACGAGAGGCCGGGUCGAGAUGGCUACAGAGGAAGUAGAUAUGAGAGAGGAGAUCGGUGGGAACGACAAGAUGGGUCACGCGGACGGUUUGAGCGCGGGGGAGAUGCGAGAGAGCAGCGCGACGAGUCGCGGGGAUGGUACAACCGAGGGGACCGACGCGAUGAGUCACGAGGACGAUAUGACUCGGGGGACCGCCGGAAUGAUUCGCGAAGGCGGUAUGAGCAAGGAGGGUCUGGAGGAGACCUCCGCAACGAUUCGCGCGGACGGAAUGAGAGAGAGGGAUAUGGCGUCUCAUCAGAACCAUAUCCUAAGUCGCCUGACCCCAAGGCGGCAAGGAAUUCGAUCUCUAGAGGCGCAGACGACAGGGCAUCUACUCCCAGGAACUCAUGCGUCUACUGUAGAGGAGAAGAUCAUAUCAAGAGGGAUUGCCCGCACCUCAAACGGGCAAUAGAUGAGAGACUUGUCGUGCUUGACGACCGCAAGUACGUCAAGUGGGCAGAUGAUCUGGGAGAUGUAUCGAUGUUCCCUUCGAUGAAGGAGAAUGUCGAAGCAAGGAGAAUAAARACGAGUAAAGGAAUGGAGCCGGUCAGGAGUCAGAGCAUCAAGAUAAUCUUUGAGGGGGAUAUCGCGACCACACCCAUAAGGGUGGCAACCACCAAGUCGGCAAGAGGGUCUACAUCGAAGAAGACUGGCACGGAUUAUGUGAUGACGGAGAAGGACGGGCAGCGAGUCGAUGGAGAGGAGGUUAUCCUUUCGCCGCGAAAGCGGGGAGUCAAGAAGUUCUUAAUGAAGAGUUCGUUGGACGAGAUUGACACGGUUGAGCCACUGAGGCGGGCCCUUCGGCAACCAAUGCAGUGCUCUAUUCUGGAGUACCUGGCGGCAUCGAAGCCGGCUCGUGAUGAAUUACAGAUGAUCACGCGGAAGACUCGCAUACCUCUAUCAGAGGAGGGUCAGGGGGCCCCUAAAGCGGAAGCUUCUACAGUAGCGGUAACGGGGGUGACUGCCAGAGCGGAUCGCAUGGCGACAGUCCUUCUCGAUGGGAUGGAAGGUGUGCCUCCAGACAAGUUUUAUAUACGUGGUAGCGGGUCCGUAGAGACGAUUAUAAACGAUGGAGCGAUACUCGAUGCUGUGAUUGAUAACGGCAGUGAGGCUGUCAUCAUAGACGAGGACCUGGCAGUACAAGUUGGACUGGGCCUCGAUAAAUCAUACCUAUUCGAGAUAGAGACGGCUGAUGGGAGAAAGCAACAGAUCACUGGGGUUUGCCACAAGGCAGCCAUAGAGGCCCAAGGGGUAAGAGUGACCCUGCCUGUCUUUGCAGUUAAGAACUGUAGCUCUGACCUGCUCUUGGGUCGAACGUGGCUGAGCCACGUGCAUGCGGUGACGAUAGAGCGACCUGAUGGGAGCCAAACAUUGUCCAUUAGGAAGCCAGACGGGACGCGGGUGAUGAUUGAGACAGUGGAGCCUCGGGACCCGAGGAACAGAGUAGCUCUCGCUGUGGGUGCAAGACCCAGUGAUCAGAUUAAAUCGUUACCUAUCUCCGGCCGCGCGGUGCGAUUUCGCGAGAAGAGAUUCGGACCACUGCUUACAGAGGAAGAAGGUCGGAUCGUGGAGGUAGAAGAUUUAGGGAGUCGGCUAAUAGUGGACGGCAACUCGUACCAAAAGGAAAGAGAUGAGGAAUUUGGCGGUGUGGUAUCCGUGUCUUUUUUAAGGGCACGGCCCCCUAUGGGGGGCUACCCAAGCGACACAAGCAAGUAGCUCAAAAAGUUCAGCCAGCGGCGGUGGGCCGCGAGCGAA